AUGAUUACAAUUCUCCCAAUGUACUAUGCAGUGAUCACGCUGCUUUCGCUCUCCCGUGUUCAGCUUUUUGAGCUAUUUCAGAAAGUCAGGCUCUAUUUCCUCAAUGAAAACAAACAUGUCCAGAAUGUUAUCAAAUUGGGCGCACCGUAUUACGCUCAGAUAAAGGCGACGUUGUUUCCGGCCAUCGCAGUCGCGAGAAAACAUCUUGUUUCGGCCUCGCGUCCAGUGGUGGAGCAGGUUUCUCGUCUCGCGCCUUAUUACAACCCCAUAAUCGCCUAUUUCGAGCCGCGCUACAACACCGUCAAGGAGCUGCUGUCCAAAACAGCAACCGAAAUAGGCGCUUUCUCAGCAGACGUCUACAACCUCUUUUCGUCCAAGCUCGCACACUACUACUCUAAGUACCUUGAGGUCCACGUGUCGGAGCUUCUGGACGGCUGGAAGCCAGUUUUCGACCAGCUUAUCGAGCAGUACGAGACGAAGGUGCGGCCGUUUGUGGAUGAGCACAUUGACACCAUAUCGGUGGCUGCCGCGGUGUUGGUGGUGGUGUUGCUUCCGCGGGCGGUUUUCCGCAUCUUUGGCCUGUUCAUGAGAAGCGUGGCCAGAGACGCUCACGAGCUCAACCAGGGAGUGGCCAACAUGUACAAGAGCAAUUCCGAGGACCUGGUCAACAAGUUUGGCACUCCCGAGUUCGAGGACAUGCUGGGAGAAAGCGGCGGCAUCAACGACGGGAUCACAGAGCUGGGCGAGCCCAGCUCGCUGCGGUCGACAAAGAGCACCUCUGGCUCCAACAACAGCACCCAAAGACGGCUAGGUGACAUUGCUAGACGGCCUGCCGUGAACAAACAACGAAGACACUCGAACAGCAGCUCGAGCAGCUCCUCCGGCGGGAGUCCCGUAAGUAAUUCAGGGAGGAAUCGCACGCCCCUACAGAACAAACAGACCGUCGCAAGCCAGUCAGCGAGUCCAACCAGUGCAAGCCAGCCCACAACUCCAAACAAGGGAGGGAAGAGCGCGUAUGAGGGAAAUAGAGCGCAAGAGCAAGGAGUCGCUGCGAGUUUCUCCCACGAAGAAAGCCUAAAUCAGAUCCGCAUCGGGUGUGAUGUCUACGAGGUUACGAGCGAUAUUCUGUCUGCCACCACGCAGGAUCUCAAAUCGAUCAGACACAAAAAAUCAAAUUUGCUCAGUCUGGCUCCACAGCUGCUAGAAAGCGUGCGAAGCGCUGAGCAGUCAUCAAUAUCCGACGAAGUGGACUCGCUCAUAGAGUCGAGCAACUUUGAUAGCGUGCCGCUCAGCGUACGUGCAGAAUCGAUCAAUAGAAUACUCAACAGCCCGCUCCGGAUGGCUCGUUCGGCAGCUUCCAACGCUUCUUUCAAGUCAGGGUCGCCCCACAGGCUGGGCUUAAUACCGCCGAGUCUGGCGUUCGUCUCAAGCUCCCCUUCCGCUGCUCCUACACUCAACCACAUGAACGUGUACACCAACGACCAGAUCGAGAAUCCAGCAUCUAGCGUCCAGUAUUUGAGCGAUAUCAGUAACGGCAGAAUUUCGCCCGCUUCUCCGCAAUCCUCAGACAGUAACCACGUUCCUUUGUAA